AUGAAGAGACAGAUAGACAACAGACGGAAAAAAAACGGAAAUGACGAUGAUAGAUCCUCUGACACCACGCCCCUGCCUUGGACUCCUCUUCCACUAUCUAUAAAAACGCUGUCUAUGCCACGCUACAAUGAACAUUGAAAAUCAACGACCACCACAAUCGCCGCCUGUCUCCUCCACCGCCGCCGUACAAACAACACCAUCCAUCCCUGGUGGGGAUGCUCCUGUUGAACCACCACAACCACCAGCGGAGAAAUCACAACUACCGGAGGCGCUGCCGCCAUCUCAACCACCACCAGUGCCGACUGUCAUGAUUCCAUCUAGAAAUCCCAAUGCCCUCUACAGCGGUGGUGGUAUAAGCUUUCUCACUGGAAAUAGCAAUGUAAGGUUCACUUACGGAUAUUGCAGUUUCAAGGGCAAACGUGCAUCCAUGGAGGAUUUUUACGAGACAAGGAUAUCGGAAGUUAAUGGUCAAAUGGUUGCUUUUUUUGGAGUUUUUGAUGGACAUGGUGGGUCGAGAACUGCAGAGUACCUUAAAAACAACCUUUUCAAAAAUCUUAGUAGUCACCCCGACUUCAUUAGAGACACACAGUCAGCAAUAGUCGAAGUUUUUAGACAGACUGAUGCUGAUUACCUUAAUGAAGAAAAAGGCCAGAAGAAAGAUGCAGGUUCAACUGCAUCAACUGCUGUUGUCGUAGGCAAUAAACUUCUAGUUGCAAAUGUUGGAGAUUCAAGAGUUGUAGCUUCUAUAGCUGGUUCAGCCAUUCCUUUAUCCAUUGAUCACAAGCCUGAUAGAUCUGAUGAACGAGAAAGAAUAGAACAAGCUGGGGGCUUCAUUCUUUGGGCUGGGACAUGGCGGGUUGGUGGUAUUCUUGCCGUUUCUCGUGCAUUUGGAAAUAAAUUUCUCAAACCAUAUGUUGUGGCCGAGCCCGAAAUUAAGGUAAUCUUUGGUUUCCCUUGUUUCUGGAAUCUAAUAAAUGAUAGUAUANUCGUACAAGAUAUAAAAGACGCCGAAGUAGCAUCAAGAAGACUUGUAGAAGAAGCCUAUAUGAGAGGGAGUUCAGACAAUAUUACUUGUAUAGUUGUUCAAUUUGAGAAAUUAUGAUAGCACUCAACAAAAUCACUUCAUGUGGUUGAUGGAUACCCUUGAAGAUUUGUAUGUUGACCAUUGACACAAUCAUCGUCAGAUAGUUUUUCUUUGGUGGCACAUUGCAAAGUACUAUGUGAUCGAAAAAGUUUAUCAUCAAACAUUAUCAGAUGGUCUGCAAAACGUAAACGAUAUGUUCUUCGCUUGUCAUUGUCGACGAGAUUGGAUCACCAGAAAAACCUUCUUCAGAGAGUUGCAGCCAUCAAGAAAUACAAUUUUCUUUGGCAUUUGGGAGAUUAUAGUAAUAGGCUAAUUUCAAUGUAAUUGAUUUUGAAAUAUCAGACUUAAUCCGUUGUUUAGUU